AUGAUUAUUCCCGUGAUUGUGCCAAUGAAUACUGCAGGGUGGCAGCUCGUGCUCACUGCCGGGACAACCCUGGGGCUACUGGUAGUCGGGGGUCUGGUCUGUAUUGUUGGACUAGUACUUUAUCGACUCACCUUUCACCCCUUGGCUAGAUAUCCCGGACCACUGUUGGGUAGGGUCACCAAUCUCUAUGCGGCUUACCAUGCGUGGAAGGGUGACAUCCACACGGACAUUUGGCGGUGCCAUCAGAGAUACGGGGAUCAUAUCCGCUACGCACCGGAUCGACUGACAUUUAAUACGGCCCAAGCGAUAACGGAUAUCUACGGCAUUGGGAGCCGGGUCCGCAAGUCCAAAGUGUAUGAAACGCUGGUUCAUCAAGCGCCCAACACCCUCACGCUCCGAGACAAGAAGAAACAUGCGCAGCGAAGGCGGAUCAUGAGUCAGGGCUUCUCGGACGCAGCCAUUCGGUCAUUUGAGCCCCGUGUCCUCGAGCUAGUACAAAGGCUCUGCGAAAUUCUCCAGGGCGAUCUUAAUAGCAACGAUGGAAAAUGGAGUAAAGGCCAGGAUAUGGCAAAGUGGUUCGACUACCUUACCUUCGACAUCAUGUCAGCCCUAGUCUUUAGCGCUAGCUAUGACACCCUCCGGCAGGAAAAGUUCCGCCCCAUCAUUAACGCUAUUGAGGAAUCCAAUGUUCGAGUGAGUGUUAUUCUGCAGGCUCCCAUCCUCACCCUUUUCCGGCUCGAUAAGAGGCUGUUCUCCCGGUCGAUUCUUUGGAGAAAUCGCUUUAUCAAGUUCAUCGGACGGUCGGUCUCAGAGAGGGUCAAGAAAACCAAAGAUACUGUCACCGGGAAGACAUUGCGGAUUGACGAACUUGGAGGCGAGGUUGCUACGUUGAUUGUCGCUGGUUCCGAUACCACCGCUACUACUCUGGCAGCAACACUUUUCUAUAUCAGCAGAGAGCCCUCCGUGUACGAGCGAGUAACCCGGGAAGUCCGCAGCUGUUUUGCGUCUGCGGAGGAGAUCCACGCGGGGACACAGUUGAACUCAUGUCGAUACCUGCGCGCCUGCAUCGAUGAGGCUCUCCGGCUGUCGCCUCCUACGGGGAGUGCUCUCUAG